AUGAUCAUGUUGCUGGGAAGAAACAAGAAAAUCGAUAUGGCGGAGGAGCUCUUCUCUCAAGUUUUGGAGAAGGGAUUGAAACCGGACUCGAGGAUGUGCGGUGAGAUGAUCGGGGUGUAUUUGCAAGUUGGGAUGACGGAGAAGGCGAUGGAGAUAUACGGGUCCAUGAAGAAAUGGGGUUGUUCCCCCGAUAAGUUCACUUUCACUGUAUUGAUCACAAAUUUGGAAAGAAACGGGCAGCACCAACAACUGCUGGAGUCUCUCAAACAAGACUGUCUUGAUCAUGUGGAGUUCCCUGAUAAAUUCCUUAAACAACUGCAACAAGAUAAACUUCCGGUACAGGGUGAUGUUGAUGGCAGUUGUUGCAGCAAAUAUUACUAUUGA